AUGAAGUGGCAAGUAUUAGUAUUAGCGUUGGCUUCAAUUGUGGCAGCCGAUGUUUCAACUUUUAAUGAAAAUGAUGUGAAACAUUUCCUAAAUGAUCUUCACGUGAAAUACGACGAUUCGGCCUCUUUUGAAGAAUUGUCUAAAUUGGCCGAAUCGGAGUACGAAAAGUUGCAGACGACCGGGCACAAUGUUGUGGUUGAUGUCAAUGACGACAGAAACCAAGAAAUUUUGAAAUUGGCCACGAAACCAAAGGCAGAUUUGCAAGAUGUAUUUCCCCAAACUGAAUCCAAGUGGGGCUAUUUAUUCAAAAACGACAAGUCUGUGAAGGAUUGGGCGUUUGAAACAUGGCUGGCUUCUUCGUUGAAAGAUUUCUUGCACAAGAAUGGCGUUUCUUUUGGCAGAAAAUCGUCAAAGCAAGAGUUGCUUGAUUUGGCCAAGGAAAAGUACGACCAGAUUGUUAAAGAUAAUGGAGUCAGUGGAUCGUAUGCUGGCGACUGGCUUUACCUGGGGUGGUCAUUGAACGAUGUCAAGAAGUGGUUGGAGGACCAUGACAUUGCGUUCGACCCAUCGCAGACCAAGGACGAUUUGAUCAACUCGGUCAAGGAGAACAGUUACUUGGCCAGUUUGGAAGCAAUUGACGCGAAGAACAGCUUUCUUGACUCGCUCAAGUUGGGAAGAAAGGAGGCGUUUGACAAGGGCGAAAAGAUCAAGGACAGUUUUAUUGACGGCUGGAGCUACCCUCAGUUGCGCGAGUGGCUUUACAUCCAUGGGUUUAUCGACACCAAACCUGGUGUCUACGCUGAAGACUUGGAUAUUGAAAAGUUGAAAAAGCUUGCUAAAUCACACAAGUCGUAUCUUGUAAGUGACAUCAAGCAAUGGCUGGAGAAAGCCAGCAAGAGUGCCGAUCCUUAUCUCUCCAAAGCUAGUGAGUCUGUGGAGACAGCCAAGGACUACAUCAACGAUACGUUCUUGGUGGGGAUUGACUCGUGGUCCAAAGAAAGACUUCGUGAUUUCUUGAAGGCUAGAGACGUCAAAUUUCCCCAAUUUGCUCUGAAGCAAGAUUUGAUCAACUAUGUGAAAAAGAGCGUCAAUGUUCCCGUCAAGUACAAGCAAUCCGACAGUCCUUUCACUGGAGUUUUGGAAGGAUUGUCUUUGAAUUCCGUUCAAAAGUGGUUGAGUCAGCAGGGAAAAAACGUCAAUGGUGCCAGAAAGGAUGCUUUGUCGCUGUUGAAAGAGUACUACGAAAGCAAGGGUUCUGAUAUUCAGACCCAGAUUGACUUGCACAAGCCCGAUCUCGACGAUUACCGUGAGAGUGUUACCAGUUCUGUGCGUUCGUUCCAGCUGAGUUUAGGUGAUUCUGCUGAUAAGGCCGAGAAGAUUGCCGAGUCGGAAAAGUCUCUUGCUGAAGACGCCAUUUUGUCCAGCUACAAUGUGGCAGUUCAAUACUAUGACGAAGCGUCGAAGUACUUUAGCAAGGAAGCUCAAAAUGCUGGUGACUCUUUGGAAAGUAUUUUGCAAGGUGCCCAGGAUGCUGCUUACGAGUAUUCUGGACUUUUGAGCAAAGAAGCGGGCUACAGCAAGAAGAAAAUCGAGGAGUCUGCUAGUAGUGUUGCACUUGCUGCGAAUGAAUUUGCAACCUCGUUGAGUAAGCUGUUGAAGCAAAAGUCCAAGGAGUCGCAGCAAGCUGCCAAUCUGUAUUUGGAUUCUGCUAAAAAAUUAGUAGCGGGAACCAUUGGGAAAUUGACUGGACAAGCCAAUGACUUGCAAGAUGUUGCUGGAAAGUAUGCUGACCAAGCUUCUAAAUCGGCCGAAAAGGUGGCUGAAAAGGCUGCGAAAAACGCCAAUGAUGCCGCUAAAAGUGCCGGUGAUGCUGCCGAGGAAUACAAGCCAGACUGGAACAAUGCUUAUUCUGCUGCUAGUACCAAGUAUGGUGACUACUCUUCAGCCGUCAAGGAUGCCGCAAACGGCGCCUACGAAGCUGCAGGUGAAGCUGCCGGAAACGCUUACGAUCAAGUGGAAAAGAGCACCAAGCAAGCUUGGGAUUACAUUUUCCAGUUGUAUUCGAAGGCCGAUUUGCAAUCGUACUUGCUGUCCUUUGGCUUUGACAACGAUUUCCUUUCGAGCUUGAAGAGGUCGGAUUUGGUCAGAUUGGCCCAAGCCCAGCUGGAUGUGUUUUACGGCGGAGGUAAGACCAAAUGGGACAAGCUGAUUGUGGAGCUUUUGCAAGACUCCAGCGAUGACGUGAGAAGAGCAUUGGGGUUGGAACCAAAGCACGAAAGUGUGUGGGAUAAGGUGAAGAAUAUCUGGUGA